AUGGCGACACAAGAUUCUCAGGGGAUUAAGUUAUUUGGUAAAACCAUUGCAUUUAACGCCAAUAUGACUACUCCGACAACGAUAAAGGAAGAAGAGAAACAAUCGCCGGAGCCGGAGCUGGGGGCUACAACAGCCGUUAGAUCAUCAUCAUCAACGGAUAUAACGGCGGAGAAGCGGCCGGACAAGACCAUAGCGUGUCCGAGAUGCAAGAGCAUGGAGACUAAGUUCUGUUACUUUAAUAACUACAACGUUAAUCAGCCUCGACACUUUUGUAGAGGAUGCCAUCGUUACUGGACCGCCGGUGGAGCACUCCGGAACGUUCCGGUAGGCGCCGGUCGUCGGAAGUCCAAACCACCAGGCCGUGUCGUCGUCGGUAUGCAUGGGGAUGGAAGUGGGGUCCAGCUUAUAAAUGGCUUUCACGUCGAGGAGUGGCAUGCCGCAGCCCAAGCUCACGGCGGUUUCCGGCAUGAUUUUCCCAUGAAGCGGCUUCGGUGUUACUCCGAUGGUCAAUCGUGCUGA